AUGUACAGUAAGCGAGAUUGGGGUGGAGUUGACGAAUCUUUCAUCAAAAUUGAUGUCCAAUCCUUCCGAGAUGUCGAUCCCUCCACAGAAAAAGCAGCUAUUUCUUUGGUCAUUUUUGAGUACCAGGAUAUCGAUGGUCUCGGGGUCUAUGACGAGUCUAACAGGAGAAGAAGGUAUAUCUGUACCGAGACGAUGGUAUCCAACGAAUUGUGUUCCAGCGACCAAUUGAACCAGUUUAUUGUCGACGAUAAUUUUACUUCUUAUGCAACUAUCAAAUCAGUUGUUCUUACAGAUCUUGGAACCAACGAUUUCAGUUAUAAGGUGUCCAAGACCGGCUAUUACUGUGUGGCUGCCUAUACGCCCGAUUUCACUACCAAAACGAAUACCUUUAAGAUGUUGAUCAAUUUCCACAACUCUUUCGGUAGUUUGCCCGCUUCCCAGAUUCCGUUACUCCCAUUGUAUGGAUUAUUGGCUGUUAUCUAUGCCGUGUGUUUAUGCACGUAUAUUUUUCAGAUCUUCAAGCAUCGCUCGGAAUUGUUACUCUUACAGAAGUACCUUGCAGGUUUCUUUGUCUUCCUUACCGUGGAAAAUAUAAUGACCUGGUCUUUGUACGACCUUGAGAAUAACAACAAGAGGUACCCUAUGGCUGGCGGAAUUAGAUUUUACAUCGUGGUGAUCUCCUUUUUGAACGCUUUCAAGGUGUCGUUCUCGCUCUUUCUUCUAUUGAUCAUCUCCCUCGGUUAUGGUAUUGUGUAUCCAAAGCUUUCUAGGAAAACCAUGAACAUGUGCAAGAUUUUGGCUUCUGCACACUUUGUUUUACUUGCCGCUUUCACUUGUCUCAACUACUAUAGUAGCGAGUCUCAACCUGGUGAGUCUGCCACUGACACUUCUUAUUCUGUCGAUACUUAUGAAGCGGACUCCUGGCUUAUUCUUAUCAUCGGUUUUCCGUUGGCCAUUCUUUUCAUGGUAUUCUACUUUAUGGUUCUCAACUCAAUGCAAAAGACUGUGAAACAAUUGAAAGAUCAGAACCAAGUCGUCAAAUUGGGAAUGUACAGGAGGCUUUUCCGUUUGAUCUUCGUAUCUAUGUUGCUUAUGAUCUUUGCCUUCGUCAUAUCCACCAUAAUCUUGUUUAAUGAUAAUGUGGCUGAGUCCAUAGAGAAGUUGUGGAAGUUUGAUGAAGUGCUUACAAACUUUUGGCCCGCCUGUUUGUACUUCCUUAUUUUCAUCGGUAUCGUCAUCAUUUGGAGGCCAACGGAUUCGUCUUAUCUUUUGGCUGCAUCUAGCCAAAUCCCUAGUUCCGAAAGCGCUGAUGUGGAAGGUGCUGCAGGCAACGCUGACGUGUUUAAUAACAGUGAGCAGUUCGGAAAUGAGUUUGAGUUUGAUGACUUGCGAAGCCUAGAGAGUAAUGAUGAGGUUGGUGCUAAUCCAUUCCAAGAUCCUUCUUCGGUGGCAUCCACGCUUCCUACUCCUGAUGCUUCGUCUGCGAAGAAAAUUGGGGAAAGUGAGGUGAAUCCAUUUGAAGAUCCUUCCAAUGUGGACUACGAUUUGGAAUUGGAACAACAAAAGGCAAAAGGGUUUAAAGGUGACGGCAAAUUUCAGUUAGACGAUGAUGAAGAUGGUGCUGAUGACGGUAACACAAGUGUGAGCCGCGAAGAUGCCUCAAAGAGUAAGAGUGAUUAA